AUGGCGGCUCUGGCACAGGAGCGUAUCUUGGAUUGGGAGACUAAAUACAAGCAAACUGAGGGUGACCUCGAAAGACUGAAAUCUCUUGCCGUCGCAGUUAUCAAAGAGUAUGAGAAUCUUGAACAGAAAUAUACAGAAUGUCAAGGAGCUUAUGACAAAAUAUAUAGCGAGCAUGAGAUAACGAAGGCCGAGCUAAAUAAACUGACUGACAAGAAUAAAAUACAUAAUAAGUGUAUAAUUAUGUCUAUUGUACUGUUACAGACUCGGAAGACCAGCCAGAAGAUCAAGAGGCAGAGUCAGGCAAUAUUCAUGAAAGCUGGACUGAACAUUGAAGAUUUUAAUAUGUCGUUAGAUGAUGGAAAUGAUGAAGAAUCUGUUGAUAUCAAAGAAUUUGAGGAGUUGAAAAGAACAUUGGAAGACUUGCGAAAACAGCUGAUUGAAAGUAAACAGGAAUUGGUGGCUGUGAAAACGCAGCGAGAUGAAGCUAAGGAUACUGUUCUUUUUUUCAAGACAGAAGUGGCCAAUAUCAACACAAAGUAUGAAUCUGAGUGUAGAGAUCACAUGGUGACAAAAGAAAAGUUAGAUGAACAUGAAAAAACAAUUGAACAAUUUACAAGAGUGAAUACUAUGGUGUAUCAAGAGUUAGAACAGCUAAAAGAAGAUCAUGAGAAAGAAAGAACUCUUCGACAGAAGGCUGAACACUAUGCUGCUGAGAAAGAACAAGAGAGCACAGCCAUGAAGAGACAGAGUUCUAUUUUGUUGUUGUCCGUAGACAAUGAGGACAGAUUGAGAGAGUCAUUAGAAACUGUUGAACAGCUGACAGCAGAACUAGAGAAAGUAAAACAAGAAUGUAAUGAAAAGGUGCGGGAUCUUGAAGAACAGUUACACACGUCUGUUGAUGUUAAAAACAUGGAGAGUUUACAAGAAAAAAUGAAUAUAGCAGCUGAAGAAAAUGAAUUGUUGGAAGAGCGAGCGAAUAAAAGUGAAGAACGGGUACGAGCACUAGAAACGCAAGUAAAGAAGCUUGAAACAGACCUGGAAAAAGCUCUUUUGAAGCCAAUUCCACCUCCGCCACCACCCCCACCUCCACCGCCAUCGUCAGUAAACCCACUCAGUGCUUUGAGGAGUGCUUUACGAAGUAAAAAUAACAAACAGCAUAUAAUUCAAGAACAAACGAAGAAUGAUAACAGUAAAGCAAUGAACCAGGCAAUGAAAGAAAUGAUGGCUAGAAUUCAUAGUGGCAAAGCAUUGAGGUCUGUUAAGCAAACUGGCACGACUUCCCCUGAUAAUGACAUGCAGGGUAUGAAAGAAUUGGGAAGUAUUUUGGGUAAUCUGAAGAGAAAGAAAAUGGUGAAUGAGACAUGUGGUAAAUCGCUUUCAAACACAUCGACUGAGCAGUCUGAGCUGUUAUUAAUAAUGGCACGCCGGAGACGCAAAACUGAUGGAGAUAUAUCAUUAAGUGAUCUGCCAACCUGUGUAAAACCACUCCCAAAGAAGCCGCCAAGGAAAUCAAUAAACAGUACCAGCUCAUCAAAAAGCUCUUUGAGUUCAAUGACAAGUGAUCUAAGUCUCUCACUCAAAGAUACAGACAGUGUAAAUGAUGAUGUGUAUGAUGAAGCUAUGAGCACCCAAGAGGAAAAAAAAAUAGAGAAUGGCACCAGGGAAGAAAAAAAAAAGGAUGUUUGUGAUGAGUCUGAAGAUGCAGUUUAUGAAUGUGCAGUCGGGGAUGAUCGUUCUGAUGAUGAGAUGUAUACGACUCUUGAUAGUCCAUAA